ACCUCGCAGAACAUACAAUGGCCAUACAAUUCCUCUUUCUAAUAUCCAGACAGGGCAAGACAAGAUUAGCUAAAUGGUACCAAACAAUAUCCCAGAAGGAAAAAUCCAAGAUUAGUCGAGAACUAGGCACAUUAGUAUUGUCCCGUCGAGCCAAGAUGUGUAAUGUUGUGGAAUAUCGUGAUUUCAAAGUAGUAUAUCGUCGAUACGCUUCGUUGUUCUUUAUUGUAGGUAUCAAUUCCCAUGAUAAUGAAUUGUUGGCAUUAGAAGUGAUUCAUCGAUUUGUGGAGCAGAUGGACAAAAUGUAUGGUAAUGUUUGUGAAUUGGAUAUCAUAUUUGGGUUUGAUAAGGCAUAUCAUGUAUUGGAUGAGUUGCUAUUGGACGGUUACAUUCAAGAAUCUUCAAGGAAAGAGGUAUUAAAGCGGGUCGAUCAACAGGAUGAAUUGGAGAAUAUGGACGAAUUCGAACAUAUUCUUUCAUAGAUAGAGUGUAUAUUAGAAUGAAUAUAUAAUUUCAUAAUAUAUUUCUGUUUCAUAGA